AUGGAGGACCGCGGCUCCAGAGAGGACUCCGCUCCUGCAGGUCCUUAUGUGGUUCCUGGUUCUUCAGACGAGGCCUCAGCCAGAGGAGGAGGAGGAGGAGGAGGAGGAGGAGGAGGAGGAGGCGUCUCAGGAGGGGGAGCCCUGUACAUGGACGCGUAUGAAGUGUCUUUCCCUCUGGAUGAAAGUGUGGAGCGACCACAGGCCUAUCACCCCAGGAUGGAAGAGGGGGUGAUCCACGAGCCCUCCCCAGCCCACUACAGCCCCUUCGUGCUGGUGUCUAACCUGCGCGCUCACCUGUACGUGGCUCUGGAGAAGAACGCGUGGCUGCAGAAGAGGAUCGAGGAGAUGGAGGAGGAGAGGAACUUCCUGCGCUGUCAGCUCGACCGCUUCAUCGUCAGCAUGAGGACUCCGGACUCCAACGACUGGUGCAGUGAGGCCCAGCGCAGUGUGAAAGUGCAGCCCGACAGCGCUCCCUCCCCUCCCUCCCCCAUGACCACCCGCUCGGGGAUGACCCUGAAGAGGCUGCAGGGGGGAGGGGCCAGGGUCCGCCACCGCGCCCCCGCCAUACCCGCGGUGAAGCAAGAGUACCAUGUGGAGGAGGAGAAGUUCUUCACUGAGGAGGAGUUCAUGGAGGAGGCAGAGGAAGAGGAGGAGGAGGAGGACUCGUCUGUGGAGAAAGGCUCCAAGAAGAGCCGAGGAGGAGGCAUGAAGAUGAGACGCAUCUUUAGGAUCACACACAGCCGCGAGAGGCAGAGAGUGAAGGAUCCAGACGGUGUGUUGAUCCGGUACAAGAAGAUCCUGACCACGUACCAGCGAGUCAGGAGCAUGUCCAGAGCCUUCCAGAUCCACGGCGUCGACCGCAACACCAUGGCCUCCACUUCCCCCAUCGCCGAGCUGCUGCUGGUGGCACCCGACAAGGUUGCUGAGGUGGGGGAGUUUGAGGCAUCAAAAGAGAAGCUUCUGGAUUAUGCUCGUCGCUGUUAUAAAACCAUGGACGAAGAGACUCACGCCAAAGUCCAGACCAUGAAGAAGACUCACAAGCUGCUGCCCAUCUCCUACAGAUUCACUGCAGCCAGACGAGUACAGAAACUGAGCGGGAAAAUUCAGUGA